UUAGCUCGUGUCAAAUUGGCAGUUCGCAGAGAAGGAAUUAGGCUUUUAUUUGCAAUUUCUUAACUUAAAUAAUUGUUAAUAAGUAGAGAAAAGGGAAAAUGAAUUUUCAACUACCAUCAACAACUACGGCCACCAAUACUGGAUUCAGUUUCGGAUCUGUUGCUGUCGCCCAGCCAGCAGCUGGCAAACCUGGUACGGGAUUUUCAUUUGGCGCCACUGGUGGAGGAGAUGCUAGUUCCAAGCCAUUGAGUUUUGGUUUCGGUACACCAAGUUCUACAACUGCACCCACAACAGCAACUACACAAGCUGCUACCGCCCCAUCAUUGGGCUUGGGUGGUGGAGGAGGUGCCACCCCGUCAUUUGGAUUCGGUGCGACAGCGGCCACACCGGCAGCCACUACAACAACUCAAACACCGACUCUUGGUACAACAACGGCCCCUGCUCCUAGUGCUUUUGGGGGUUUUGGGGCAGCGGCAGCAGCGGCCUCGACAAAUGCGACAGCAACCACAGUUCAGCCAGCUGCUACUGUAGCGGCGGCACCUUUAACAACCGGCUUUAGUUUCGGCACACCGUCGGCUUCUACAACAUCUUCAGGAUCGACAACAAAUACUCAAACUACUUCCACUGGAGCAACAACAUUAACACCUGCUACUUCGACUGCGGCCACAUCUAAACCACCAGCCGCUGCAGGCUUUGCCAGUCUAACAACAGCCACCAAAACAACAGAUUCUUCAGCGGUAGUUAAUGCUUCUCAGCUAUCCUACAAUCAGUUGGAGGAGCAUAUAAAUAAAUGGACAUUGGAAUUGGAAGAGCAGGAGAAAGUGUUUACAGAUCAAGCAACACAAAUCAAUGCAUGGGACAAAGUUUUAAUCAGCAACAAUCAAAAGAUUCUCGAUCUUAAUGAUGCUGUACAAAAAGUUAAAUCCGAUCAACAGACUCUGGAGCAAGAAUUAGAAUUCAUUGCCACACAACAUAAGGAGCUGGAAGAGAGCAUUGUGCCUUUGCAAAAGGAAUUUUUAAAAAUACCCCAAGUCGAUGUAGAGCGCUCCCAGACCUAUUUAAUGGUAGAGAAUUUGGACACUCAGUUGAAACAAAUGUCCGAGGAUCUAAAGGAAAUAAUUGAUAACCUAAAUGAAUCGAACAAGUGUCAGGAUAAUAGCGAUCCCAUUAUCCAGAUUGGAAAAAUCCUCAACGCUCACAUGAGUUCGUUGCAAUGGAUUGAGCAGAGUACAGCGAACAUUGGCACCAAACUGGAGGAUAUAACGAAAAUGCAUGAAACCUUCAAAAGGGACUCGGAGAGAUCAUUUCGAUCGGCCUAUUAUAAUUAACGGGUACUAAGAUAAGAUGUUUUGUUUAUUUUUAUAUGUAUUCAGUAUCUAACGUUCGUUUCAAAUAAAAAAAGGGAAACUAAUUGCCACAAUACACAUCGAA